AUGUGGCUGUCUUCCUGGAACCCUUUCCUAGAUGGUGGGCAGGAGAGACUUCACAGUGACACCAUGAACAUCUCAAGCAACCCACUAGCUCCAAACGACACCCUGGAACCCACCAAGCCUUCGUCAGAAGGUGGGCACUCUCUUUGGGAGGUGGUCUUGAUCAUUUUGACGACGGGGAUCAUCUCCUUUGUCACUGUGGUGGGGAACCUUUUGGUGAUGGUCUCUUUCAAGGUCAACCGGGAGCUGAAGACCGUCAACAAUUACUUCUUGCUCAGCUUAGCUGGUGCCGACCUCAUCAUUGGAGCCAUCUCCAUGAACUUGUACACCACCUACAUUGUCAUGGGGCGUUGGGCGAUGGGCAGUGUGGCCUGCGAUUUGUGGCUGGCCCUGGACUACGUUGCCAGCAACGCGUCUGUCAUGAACCUGUUGGUCAUCAGCUUCGACCGCUACUUCUCCAUCACCCGCCCGCUCACCUACAGAGCCAAGCGGACACCCAAGAGGGCCGCUGUUAUGAUAGCCUUGGCUUGGCUGAUCUCCAUUAUCCUGUGGGCACCCGCCAUCUUGUUCUGGCAGAACUUUGUCGGCAAGCGGACAGUCCCUGAGGAUGACUGCUACAUCCAGUUCUUCUCUGUGCCGAUCAUCACCUUCGGAACGGCCAUUGCGGCCUUCUACCUCCCCGUCAUCAUAAUGGUGGCUCUCUACUGGAAGAUCUUCCAGGAGAUCCAGAAGAGAGCCAAGGAACUGUCUGGACUACAGGGCUCAGAGUUUGGGAACAAACCCCAAGCUGCCUCCAGAAUACCCCCAAACAGUGGCAGCGGGGGCAGCAGCAGUAGCAGCUCGGAGCCAUCCCACGCUGUUGCAGCUUCCUCUGCCGUGGUUGUCCUUCCUCUGCAGACAUGCUGCUUUCCUGCUGGGCAGAGGGCCGAGGGCCUGUUUGUAGACCAAAGCAGCAAUGGCAGCUGGAACAACACGGAGGAUGAGGAACUGGAGGAGGCCUCUGCCGACUCCUUGACAUCAUCCGAGGGUGAGGAACAGCCCUUCGAAGUCCACACCAUCUGCUCAGCAGUCAUCCGCCUGCCCAUGAUCAGCACCGUCCUGCAGCCACCGCAGCCAGGUCAGUGCCAAGAUCCCAAGGCAGCGUCCGGUAGGAACUGGGCGGGCGGAAAGGUCCUCGUCGGGAUCCCAAGGCAACCUCCGGUCAUGGAGAACAAGCUCAAGAAAGCAGCAAUGCCUCCACUGAUGGAGAAGACUCCAGCAGCGGCCAAGAGCCAAGCCUUCAGGAGGAAGAGGAGGAAGAAUCGUGUCUCCAAAAGGAAAACGCUCUCUCUGAUGAAGGAGAAGAAAGCAGCCCGGACACUCAGCGCCAUCCUUUUGGCUUUCAUCAUCACCUGGACUCCCUACAACAUCAUGGUGCUGGUGUCGACUUUCUGCCAGGGAUGCAUCCCCAAAGGCCUUUGGAAACUGGGGUACUGGCUUUGCUAUGUCAACAGCACCAUCAAUCCCAUGUGCUACGCCCUCUGCAAUAGGUCGUUCCGGACCACCUUCCGGAUGCUGCUGCAGUGUCGUGGGGGUCGGCGAUGCUAG